UUUUUUUUCUUUUUCUUUUUUUUAUCUGGAGACUGAGUUUUGCACUUGUUGCCCAGGCUGGAGUGCAAUGGUGCGAUCUCAGCUCACUGCAGUCUCCACCUCAGCAGGAGAGCAGGAAUCUUCAGUGAUCCACGGGCAGAUCUGCAGCCACUGUGGGCACCUGCUCCUCCCGCGAUCUUUGUGCCCGCGUCUCUCCCUCCAGUACCUAUUGCACGACACCCCACGUCCGCCUCCUGCCAUUGACAGCAAGUGCCUUGUGCGGGUACCUGGCUGUGCUUAUUAAUCCAUUAUGGUCGCUCUGUCACUGGUGCCAUUAUGUGCUCACGUGCCCACUCCCUCAGGUUUAGAAGGUGCGUUGCCCGGCAACAGAAGAGUCUGCUGUCUUAGCCUUUGGCCGAGUUGGCAGCUGGACGAGGACGCUCAGAGCCCAGCUCUCAAGAGUUCAAGCAUCGGACGGUUCCCCACUGCUCCCAGGAGCAGUUACCCGGGCACUCUGUGCCCCUCAUUCCUGUUUGGGCCAAGGCUGAGGACCCGCGAGUAGGGCUCAGUUGCCUGGAGCCCCUUCAGCCCAUCCCCCAGUUCACUUUGCUUGUGGGAUCUCCCCGUUGCUCCUGCCCCUGGACUGAGUGGCAGGCCAUCCUACAAGCACCCAGACACUCGACAUCAGUGGUGUCAAGACAACUCCAAGAAGGUUUUCCGUGAUCCUGCAAGACCUGUGUUCCAUCCUGGUGAUUCUGCCUUCAAUUUCACUGCACAGGUACCAUAGCACCCAGUGCUGUGUGCUCCGAGUUCCAGGGCAUCCUCCAGCUCAGACACUACACUGAGCACGAGGACUCUGUGGGGCCCAGGAGCAGGUAGUCACCCCUUUGGGGUCCACAACACCCGGCUGUCCCCAGACUUGUGUCCAGGGAAGAUAGUGUUGAGGGCCCUAAAGGAGAGCGGGGCAGGGAUGCCUGAGCAGGACAAGGACCCUAGAGUCCAAGAGAAUCCUGAUGAUCAGAGAAGGGUCCCUGAGGUCACCGGGGAUGCACGGUCUGCAUUUCGGCCCCUGCGGGACAAUGGAGUCCUCUAUCCCUUUGUGCCGAGGCCCGGGCCUCUGCAGACAUACCUCCAUGCCCAGAGGUCAGAAAUCAGAUAUAACCAGACAUCCCAGAUCACCUGGACGAGCUCGUGCACCAACCAAAAUGCCAUCUCCAGCUCCUACAGCUCCGUGGGAGGCUUGCUGGGGCUAAAGUGGAGGAGGGGGCCAGCAGGGCAGGAGAGCGGGGCAGGGAUGCCUGAGCAGGACGAGGACCCCAGAGUCCAAGAAAAUCCUGAUGAUCAGAGAAUAGUCCCCAAGGUCACCGGGGAUGCAUGGUCUGCAUUUCGGCCCCUGUGGGACAAUGGAGGCCUCUCUCCCUUUCUGCCCAGGCCCGGGCCUCUGCAGACAGACCUCCAUGCCCAGAGCUCAGAAAUCAGAUAUAAUCAGACAUCCCAGACCUCCUGGGCGAGCUCGUGCACCAAACGAAAUGCCAUCUCCAGCUCCUACAGCUCCACGGGAGACUUGCCGGGGCUAAAGCAGAGGAGGGGGCCAGCCUCAUCCCACUGCCAGCUGGCCCUCAGUUCCUCAAACACAGUGAGUGAGGACGGACCUCAGGCUGUCUCUUCGGGUCACAGCCACUGUGAAAACAAUGCAGAUACAGCACCAGGGCAGACACUCGCCCCCACCGGUGGCUCCCCCAGAUCCAAGGCCUCCAGGCCCCGCAUCAACAGUGCACUGCACGUUGAGGACAAGGCCAUCUCGGACUGCAGACCCUCACGGCCUUCCCACACUUUGUCCUCACUUGCAACAGGGGCUUCUGGUGGGUCUGCCGUUUCUAAAGCACCCACUAUGGAUGCACAGCAGGACAGACCCAAGUCCCAAGACUGCCUGGGCCUAGUGGCCCCCCUAGCAUCUGCUGCAGAGGUCCCCUCUACAGCUCCCGUGUCUGGAAAGAAGCACAGAGCACCAGGACCCCUGUUCUCCUCAGAUCCCCUUCCUGCCACCUCUUCCCACUACCGGGACUCAGCCCAGGUCACCUCGCUGAUUCCUGCCCCCUUCACAGCUGCAAGCAUGGAUGCCGGCAUGAGAAUGAAUGCCGGCAUGAGAAGAAUGUUUUGUGUUCGAAAUUGUUUGAGGGGUUUGGGUUUAUGUUUGUUGGUUUUUUUUUUGUUUUUUUUUUUUUUGCUUACAUGGGCAUCCUUCAGCUUUUAAUAAUCUGAAAAAUUCUAUUUA